UCACCCCAAAACCAAAUCCUCGUAUUUCCUCUCCAUUUCUCGAAACACGCCACGUCGUUUUUUCCGCGGUGGUUGCUCUCCCUCUCCUCCCCGCUCAGCUCAGCUCCGCCUCUGGACUACUCUCUCUGUUCGUUGAUGGUCAUCUAAAUCCCUGAAUUCCGCUCCGUGAAAAAUGGUUGCCUUUGGGAAAAAGCUGAAGGAAAGACGAAUUGAAGAAUGGAAGGGGUAUUACAUCAACUACAAACUGAUGAAGAAAAAAGUGAAACGCUACGCUCAACAAAUCAAAGAAGGAACACUAGAUAGGCGCCAUGUCCUGAAGGAUUUUUCAAUAAUGCUAGAUAACCAGAUAGAGAAGAUCGUUCUUUUCAUGUUGGAACAACAAGGGUUACUUGCUAGCAGGAUAGCCAAGCUUGGAGAACGACAUGAUACUCUUCAACAACAACCUGAUAUUUCCCAAAUAAUUGAACUACGAGAAGCUUACAGACAAGUGGGGCGGGAUCUUCUGAAGCUUCUAUUUUUUGUUGAGAUAAAUGCUAUUGGCCUGCGUAAGAUACUGAAGAAGUUUGAUAAACGUUUUGGGUAUAGGUUCACUGAUUACUACGUUAAAACUCGUGCUAAUCAUCCUUACUCACAGCUGCAACAAGUCUUUAAGCAUGUGGGGGUAGGGGCUGUUGUGGGAGCUGUCUCUCGAAAUCUUCAUGAACUUCAGGACCGACAAGGAAGCUACUUAUCAAUAUAUGAUCAACCUUCUCUUCCUCUCCAGGAUCCUGUUGUUGAUUCUAUUAAAGCAGCUGUGGACAGGUUAACUCAUUCAACAAACUUCCUUAGCUUUUUGGGACAACAUGCACUCAUUUUGCAAGAAGAGUUCCCUACUCCGGUUGAGGAACAAGCUGAUGAUCAGAGAUACCAUUUUAAUUCGCUUCUCUUGAACUUGGCAAAUACAUUUCUUUAUAUGGUCAAUACAUACAUCAUUGUUCCGACGGCAGAUGACUACUCCCUUAGCCUUGGAGCUGCAGCAACAGUGUGUGGUGUUGUGAUCGGAGCAAUGGCUGUUGCACAGGUGUUUUCUUCAGUGUACUUUAGUGCAUGGUCAAAUAAAUCUUACUUCAAGCCUCUUGUAUUUAGCAGUAUUGUUCUUUUUGCGGGAAAUGUCUUGUAUGCGAUGGCCUAUGAUCUGAAUUCAAUAUGGGUACUAUUGAUUGGUCGUCUACUCUGUGGAUUUGGUUCUGCUCGAGCUGUAAACCGGCGUUAUAUCAGUGAUUGUGUACCACUUAGAAUCCGCAUGCAGGCAUCAGCUGGUUUUGUUAGUGCUAGUGCCCUUGGAAUGGCAUGUGGUCCUGCAAUUGCUGGCUUGCUUCAAGUUGAUUUCAAGAUUUACAUGCUUACAUUCAAUCAAAACACUCUUCCUGGCUGGGUUAUGGCUGUAGCUUGGCUUCUAUACUUGGUAUGGCUUUGCAUCUCAUUCAAAGAACCUGUACGUGACGAUGAAGAGACCCCUGUGGAACCGAAUAGAGGAAAAGCAGAAAAUGAUACACUCGAGAAAGGUCUUCAAAAACCAUUACUCAUUGCUUCUGAAAACAAUAAUGAAGAUGAAGAUGAUGAUCUUGAUGAAAGCGAAGAAGCCGGGGAUGAGUCUCGCAGACCAGCUACUUCAAUUGGAUCAGCGUAUCGACUACUUACACCCUCGGUGAAGGUUCAAUUAUUGAUAUAUUUCAUGCUCAAGUAUGCGAUGGAGAUUUUGCUUUCAGAAUCUAGUGUUGUUACCACAUACUAUUUCGGUUGGUCUACUAGCUCAGUUGCAAUUUUUCUUGCUUCUCUUGGGCUUACGGUUCUCCCGGUUAAUAUAUUGGUUGGGAGCUACAUCAGCAACAUGUUUGAAGACAGGCAAAUUUUAUUGGCAUCUGAAAUAUUGGUUUUCAUAGGCAUAGUUUUAAGCUUCAACGUAAUAAUUCCAUACACUGCGGCACAGUAUGUAGUCUCAGGACUUAUCAUGUUUGUUUCGGCUGAAGUACUUGAAGGUGUGAACUUGUCACUUCUAUCUAGGGUCAUGUCAUCUAGGCUUUCCCGUGGAACGUACAAUGGGGGGUUACUUUCAACAGAAGCUGGGACUCUCGCUCGAGUAGUUGCAGAUGGCACCAUUACUUUGGCUGGAUACUUGGGGGACAGUAAGCUCUUGAAUGUUACAUUACUUCCUUCCCUCGUCAUUUGCAUCACAUCCAUUGUUGCCACCUGCUAUACCUACAACUCUCUCUAUUGAUCUACACAUGUUGUAGCUUGUAUCAAAAGUGCUCAUGAUCCCUUGGCAAUUCAAGUCGAUUCAUUUUUGGAACUUAAAAUGUGUAGCGUCGUUAGUGGUGUAUAUGUUUAGAAACUAGGUCAGGUGAAUAACCUUGUAUAAACUUUCUUCUAUACAAUUGAUUCUGCUCAUUUUUAUUAUACUUUUCUUUUUGG